AUGUCACUCGCAACAGUAGAUAUAACUAGUGAUUUGAUUAACACACAAACAAAUGUUAAACCAAAUACAACAUGGUCCCAUUUUGGAAAGUUAUUGAGCGAGUUAACUGGUGUUGAAGUUGAUGACAUGAAACUAGUUAUUAACGGCGACACUGCCAAUUCCAAGUACAUGAAUGAACUUAAGGACCAAAUAGUAGAGGGAGUAAACUCUAUUCGGAUAAUUGACACCAAUGAAAAUAGUGUCGCGAACCAGUUGAAGCAUGACAUGACCCAGGGAGAUGUUGAGGGCGUCAUGUUUCAAUUCACUAAAGAAGAUUAUGAAAACAGGAAAGAUUCAGUGUUACAAUGGAAGAAAGAAAACAAGUUAGGAAAGUUCGAUCCAGAGUACCGUAAAAAGAUGGAAGAACAAUUGGAAUUAAACCUGAAAAGAGUGGAGUCCUUAAAAAAUCAUAUUGGCGAAAGGUGCAGAAUCCUAUCGACUAAUGCUACAAAUCCCGAUAGCACGUCACAAGAAAGAAGAGGAUGGCUAAGGUACGUGGGGAAAGUUCGUGAAAUAAAUAAUACAGACGUGUGGUGCGGCAUCGAAUUCGAUGAGCCUGUUGGCAAAAACGAUGGAUCGUUUUCGGGAACUAAGUAUUUUGGACCUGUAGGCAAAAAUUACGGUGGGUUUGUGAAGCCAAUUACAGUUGAAGUUGGCGAACAAUUUACGCCACUUCUGGAUGAUGAAUUGGCUCUUACGGAUGAAGAGUUAUGA